AUCUGAGCUGCGCAUGCGUUGGGAGGCGUGUGCGCGUGCCGUGUAUGUAAACUAGCGGCCUGUUUCAUUUGGUGACCGACGUAUGUGUUUUUCUGUCAAGAAAAAUCAGACUAUACAUACUGUAAACAUAAACAGCAGCCCUGCCCCGACGCGCCCCAACCCCAAGCGGAGCCGUCAUGUGGCAGGAGGCCCGCAAACAUGAGCGCAAACUGCGCGGGAUGAUGGUGGACUACAAGCGGCGUGGGGAGAGACGCAGAGAGUACUAUGAGAAAAUCAAAAAGGAUCCAGCUCAGUUCCUGCAGGUUCAUGGCCGAGCAUACAAAAUCCACCUGGAUUCAGCUGUAGCCCUGGCAGCUGAGAGUCCCAUCAACAUGAUGCCUUGGCAAGGAGAUUCCAACAACAUGAUUGAUAGAUUUGAUGUCAGGGCACACCUGGACUACAUCCCCACCUAUACGCCACCUCUCCUGAACACUAUCACCCCAGAGCAGGAAUCAGAAGAGAGAAAAUGCAAUUAUGAGCGCUAUAGAGGUCUGGUGCAGAAUGACUUUGCGAACAUCUCUGAGGAGCAGUGUUUGUACCAGAUCUAUGUGGAUGAACUCUACGGUGGCCUACAGAAACCAAAUGAGGAUGAAAAGAAAAAACUCGCUGAGAAGAAAGCUCAGAUCGGUUAUACAUAUGAGGACAGCACAGUGACCGAACCAGAUGAACAGACGGAGAAGGGAAACGAGGAUGACUCGGAAAACAGCGAGUCUGAGGAAGACGAAGUCAUCCCUGAUAUUGAUGUUGAGGUGGAUGUAGAUGAACUGAGCCCAGAGCAGGUGACGGAGAUUAACAAGAUGGGCACCACUUACGGCAUGGCAGAGGGGGACUUUGUAUGGAUGUUGAGGAAGGACAAGGAGGAAGUGGAGGCCAUUAAGCAUGCUAAAGCACUGGAAGCAGAGAAGGCCAUGUACUCUGGCCGGCGGUCUCGCAGACAGCGAAGAGAGUUUAGAGAGAAGUAUAUGAAAGGCAGGCAGAUCAGCCCACCGAGCUAUGCCAGAAGAGACAGUCCUACAUACGACCCCUACAAACGGCCAGAGUCAGACUCAAGUUCAGAGUCACGCUCUCGUUCCCGAACCCCAGGCAAUGAUAAGAUCACCUUUAUCACCAGCUUCGGGGGCAGUGAUGAAGAGGGAGCCACAGCUGCACAACCCCCACCUGCAGCGGCGUCAAGCCACAUCUCCUCCAACACCGCAGGUCAUAGCAGGGGCUCCCGCCGAAGACGGUCUUCCUCCAGUCACUCAUCCUCUUCCUCACGCUCCUCUUCGCACCGGUCCUCACGCUCAUCCUCACGUUCCCGCCGGAGUCGUCGUUCUCGCGGGGGCAGGGACCGGGACCGGGACAGCCGUUACUCCAGAUCUCGAUCUCGCUCUCGAAGGCGGUCUGACUCCCGUUCACGGCAACGCAGUGGAGGAGUUGGCUCGAGGAGACGAUACGACAGGACGAGGUCUCGUUCCGCAGAUCGAGGUAGAGACAGAAACCGUGAAAGAGACCGAGACCGGGAUAGGGGGAGGCGCUACACGGGCCGCAGACGAACCAGGUCUCGCUCGCGUUCACGUUCGGGUGAUCGUUACCGGAGACGGAGUCGCAGCUCUGCGUACAGAAGGGGUGGCAGCGUCAGUCAAAGCCCCUCCCACUCACCUGCUGCCAGCCAUAGUCCCUCCCCCUCCUCCCAUUCUGCUCUGCCUGCCUCUGCUUCUGCAGACAAACUGAGAAAGCCUGAAACUCCGGGUGGUAAAGAGACUGGAGCUGCCAAACCCAAGAUGACCCCUCAAGAGAAGCUCAAACUCCGAAUGCAGAAGGCCCUAAACAAACAAUCCAAGGCGGAUAAGAAGGCAGCACAAGCCAAGAUCCAGCAACAAGAGCACAAGCGGCAGGAACGAGAAGGAGUUCUUCGCGCAAUGGCACGGAAAAUUCGCAUGAAGGAGCGGGAACGGCGGGAAAAGGAAAGGGAUGAAUGGGAGAGGCAGUAUGGACGUCAGAGUCACUCGCCCUCCCCCAACGCCAAAUACGGUCGAGACUAUGGCUCAUCUAGAAGGAGGUCACGCUCAAGAUCACGGAGUCCUCAUUACCGGUACUGAAGAGUCAGCUGAUAAAACACAACAAGACAUGUCAAACAGAUGUUUUAGGAGUGAAUGGUGACCACAAUGGCAAGAGUUUACAUGCAAGCUUGGGAAAAAAUUACCAAUAAAACUCACUUCACUCACUUUAGCUUUGUACAUCUUCUGAAGGUUGCAAUGGAAACAAAUAAACUCAUUUCUAAAAUGUGAAAAUUAACACCAUCAUGCUCUGAAAACACAUUUUUGCCUCAGUUUGUUGAUAUUUCUCAGCAGGGUUGCCAGGAAUGCUUUGAGCUGCUAUGAUUCAAGCUUUGCAGAUAGGGUUGAAUUUUGUGACAUAAGAUUGGGAUGGACCUUAAUCUCUCCCUUGUGUCUCACACCCCAUUUUAAAAAGGAGUUCCCCCAAAAAUGCAAAUUCUCUCAUCAUUUACUCACCCUCAUGUUGCUCUAAACUCGCGCGACAGACUGAGUUUCCAGAAACAAGUCAUUCUGCCUUACAUCAUGUGAGAGAAAAAAAAAAAAAAAAAAAAGUCAGUUAAGGUGAAUAAAUGACGACGAACUUGUUGUUUUCGGGUAAACGGUCUCUUUAAGCGGUGAAUCUGCCCAUUUUACCUCAUCAUUGUACAUAAUCCCUUCAUUAAAGAGUGAGAAAAAUGUUUUACAGAAAAUGCAGAUUCUAAAUGCCCAUAAUCUUUUUUCACUCAAGCAAUGUAAAUGUCUGGUGGUUAUUUCUUGUAUUAGAAACAAUCAUCGAUGAUCACAGAUUUUGACACUGAAAUAAAAAGCUAAUCGUGAAUAAAAAUAA